AUGAAGUUCAGCCAAUGCAUCUCUUUUUAUCUUACGCUCCUUGUGUCCUUCAUAUCUUCUGUCACGUGCUUGAAGUUUGAGAUCGAAGCCAAGGAAGAGGGCUACAAGAACACUUGUAUCCGUGACUUUGUCACUGAGGGGCAGAUGGUUGUUGUCAACAUCAACUCCAGCGGUAGCGUUGGUGACGGCCAGACCUUGAACUUUUUCAUUGUCGACUCCUUGGGCAACCAGUACAAGGACAAGAAGGACUUUGCGGGCAAAACCAGGGUCGCAUUCACCGCGCACUCCUCUGCCGCCUUUGACGUGUGUUUCAACAACGUCGUUGGCCACCACGGCCCCGACAACUUGUUCAGAGAGAUUGAGUUGGAUAUCGAGAGUGGUAGUGCCGCUAGGGACUGGAACGCUAUCCAGGCGGCAGAGAAGUUGAAGCCGGUCGAGUUGGAGUUGAUGAGAAUCGAGCAAUUGACCAACGAGAUCACCAGCGAGUUGAAGUACUUGCAAAAGAGAGAGGAGAGAAUGAGAGACACCAACGAAUCCACCAACGAAAGAGUCCAAAACUUCUCUACCAUGGUCAUUGUCGCCUUGGUUGGCUUGGGAGCCUGGAACGUCUACUACUUGAGAAACUACUUCAGAUCCAAGCAUAUUUUGUAA